CCAGAGGCUGAGAAGGGGCUGCUCCUUUCACUCCUCUUCGGCAUUGCCACCAUCAACCUCCCGUCACACCAUGUCUCGUACCCUUCUCGUACGAGCUCUACCCAACCUGCGAACAGCAAGCUCAUCCUCCACCGCUAGCGCACGCGCCAUCUCCACAACCGCUCCCAGCAUGAGCAACGCAGCCGCCUCCGCUACUCCCUUCUCCCCUCCCAAGCCAGGCACAGUCAGCGGCUUCGUAGGCGCAGUAGGCAACACUCCCUUGAUUCGAAUCAAUUCUCUCAGUGAAAAGACCGGAGCGGAGAUUUAUGGAAAGGCAGAAUUCAUGCAGCCCGGUGGGAGUGUCAAGGAUAGGGCGGCUCUUUGGGUGGUCAAGGAUGCCGAGGAGAAGGGUCUCAUCUCGCCCGGCGGAACUGUGGUAGAGGGAACAGCAGGCAACACCGGUAUUGGACUCGCCCACGUAUGCAGGUCAAAGGGAUACAAGUGUGUCAUUUACAUGCCCAACACGCAGUCCCAGGAGAAGAUUGACUUGCUGAGGAUGCUAGGAGCAGAGGUCUACCCUGUGCCUGCUGUCGCAUUCGACAACCCCCAAAAUUACAACCACCAAGCUCGCCGCCAUGCCGAGUCUCUCGAAAACGCCGUCUGGACCAACCAAUUCGACAACACUGCCAACCGGCAAGCGCACAUCGACUCUACCGGUCCUGAAAUCUGGGCUCAAACCAACGGUGGGCAAUUCGAUGGAUUCAUUGCCGCUACUGGAACCGGCGGUACGCUAGCUGGAACUACUCGAUUCCUCAAGGAGAAGAGCGAAGGGAGGAUCCAGUGCUGGCUUGCGGACCCUCCUGGCUCUGUCCUCCAUCAGUACAUCCAGCAGCAGAAGCUAGAGCGUACAGGUACCGGGUCUAUCACAGAGGGCAUUGGACAGGGACGACUGACAGAGAACCUCAAGCCCGAAGUGCAAGAUGGGCUCAUCGACGACUCGCUGCAUGUACCAGACGCAGACUCCAUCCGCACAGUCUACGAGAUGCUCCACGAGGAAGGGCUCUACAUCGGCGCCUCUUCCGCACUCAAUGUCUUUGCAGCGGGAGAGAUGGGCAAGAAGUUGGGCAAGGGAAAGAAGAUUGUGACGAUCAUCUGCGAUGGAGCAUACAGGUAUCAGAAUCGCCUCUUUUCACGAAAGUGGCUGCAGGAGAAGGGAUUGCUAGAGGCAGUGCCGAAGCACUUGGAAAAGUACAUUGUCUUGCCGUGAGAGGGCGCGCGCUGAUAGAGGCGCAGGGAAGGUGGGAGAGAGGGGAGAGGAGGGAGGCAGAAUGUAGGUGGUACAGAGCUCUACCCGCUCUCGAAAUCUGCUCGAUGUCACCAUCAGUCUCGCAAUCGAUGGGCUUGAUCAAAGAAUUGCUCCAAAGUCAGGGCUGUCCAUGUAG